CCUCUGUUCACAGUGAGAAUAAUAGGUGAAAUUAAUAGUAACAAAAAAAUGCUAAAGUUUUUCAUUUUGUUUUGUUCUGUUUGAAAUAAUUUUUCUGUUAUAAAUACAGAUUUUUCUCACUUUCCAACCACUCACUUCAAUACCGACACCGAACUAUACGCUUCGACAUAAUACAACAGCCUACCAUUGCUGCUUGCGACGUGGAAGGUCAGCGGCGUAGUCGUCAAUUCUACAACGUGGAACGUCAACGUUGGCACCGAAUAGUGAUAUAAGGAUAAUUUUGUCAUACCAACUUUAUACAAUAGAAUACUAGUUUAUUUAAAUUUUUAGUUUUAAAAUAGUGAUGUAGAAAGGUUAGCUCUUCGCGAGGGGAAAAACUUCAGAGAAUUCGCGAGCUCUUAAUUCGACGACCCUAUUCGAUGUUAUAUUAUAGAAAAUGGACAUGAAUCAACUAAGAAAUUAACCAUUUUCGUCAUUGGAGAAAAUGUUCUUAUGAAUAGCAACGAAAAUAUUAAUGUAAUAAUUUUGUUGAUUUAUUCAUAGAAGACUGUUUCCCUAGACAUGCGUGGGUAUUUACUGAUAAUUGAUUCUCAAAAAAAAGGAAAGCAUCGAGUUUCACCUCUCCAUAAGUUUUCUAUAUUCUUUACAUAUAUUCAUUAAACCUACCUGUCAGAGUUUACAUGUAACUGUCAUCUCUCCACAAUUCCACUGACAGAUAACCUCAAUGUAUUUUUCUUUUGAGGAUUAAAAAGCAGUAUUACAGAUUUCAAAUAUGGAUUACGAAGAUGAUUUCUUCUUUGAAGAGGAUAAAAUUUUGAAGGAUCAAGCAGUUUUAUCUGCAAAUAUAGAAACUUCGAAAGUAUUGGAUGAAAAGUUUCAGGAGAAUUGUCUUGUUUCGUUGACCACCGUGCCAUUGGCUAAUGUGCAAUCAAAUCAGUGUACAAUGAUGGAAGAUCGCAUACCAGAUGUAGAACUGGUCUCUCAAGAUCAAUCUCUUUAUCAGCUACACAACUGUGCAAUGGGUAUGACAAUUACUUCUGGCAAUGUUGUAAUUCAGAAGGACAGCAGUAAUCUCAUAGGCAUUAGCAUUGGAGGUGGAGCACCUCAGUGUCGUUGCUUGUACAUUGUGCAAAUAUUUGAUGAUACACCUGCAGCAAUAGAUGGUACUCUACAAUCAGGAGAUGAACUUGUGGCGGUAAAUGGGGUUUCAGUUAGAGGAAAAACAAAAGUAGAAGUUGCAAAAAUGAUACAAUCAUGUGACUCUCAAGUCAGCAUUAAUUAUAACAAAUUACAUGCUGAUCCUAAACAAGGUCGAACACUUGAUAUAGCUCUAAAAAAGGUAAAACAUAGAUUGGUUGAAGGAAUGGGAAGUGCAACGGCUGAUGCACUUGGAUUAUCACAUGCUAUUCUUUGUAAUGAUGCGCUUGUACAAAGAUUAAUGGCACUCCAGCGUACAGAAUAUCUAUACAGAGGUCUAGUUUCUCAUGCUCAAUCUACAUUGUAUGCAUUCUUCGACUUAACACAAAUAUACAAAGUAUUUGGAGACGCAUUUGCUGCAAUAGGAGUGAGAGAACCGCAACCACGAGCUAGUGAAGCUUUCAGGCAAUUUGGUGAACAGCAUAGACAAAUGGAAAAGUUUGGAGUAACAAUGUUAAAGUCGUUAAAACCUAUAUUAAAUGAUCUAGGCACUUACCUUCAUAAAGCUAUUCCAGAUACUCGGUUAACUAUCAGUAAAUAUGCUGAUGCAAAGUUUGAAUAUCUUUCGUAUUGUUUGAAAGUGAAAGAAUUAGAUGAUGAAGAACAAAGUUGCGCAGCGUUACAAGAACCUCUGUAUCGAAUGGAAACAGGCAAUUACGAAUAUCGAUUAGUGUUAAGAUGUCGGCAAGAAGCUCGAGCAAAGUUUGCAAAACUUAGAUCGGACGUACUUGUAAAACUUGAAUUAUUAGAUAAUAAACACGUUCAAGAUGUUGUAUGGCAAUUACAAAAAUUUGCGGCUGGUUUAGGAAAAUAUUAUUCCAAUAUGAGAGAUCUGUUAUCCGCAGUAACGCUAUUUCCUGUAGAAGUCGACUUAUCACACUCCGCGUUUCAGUAUAAAUCUACUGGACCUCAAAUGAUAACUGAUGGUGAAGACAUAGAUGAAUUUGAAUCCGACGAAAAAUCAAAUAACGAAGAGCUUCUUAUAGAUACACAAAACUUUACUGAUACACUUAUUACAUCAGAAUCAGAUAAUAUGUAGCAUUAUGAGCUUUAUUCUUAAAAAGGUCUUUAAACCAUUUACUGUUUUAAGUUUUUAUAAAACAAUAAUUAGCGCCAUAUAAAACUUUCGGUAUAAUGCAUUUUAUGUUAUCAUAUCUUGUGCAACUCUUUAAGUUUACUUUCACUACUUUUCAUAAUACAAAGAUUGAUACCAAAGAUCAUUAUUUUUAAAAGAUAUAUAUUUAUAAUAGAUGUAUAUAAAAAGUUUAUGCAUGUAUUAUGCUUAACAUAUAAGUUAAUUACAUGUUAUAGUAAUAAUAAUAAGAACUAUAAAGUGAGGAAGUGCAUUUAUUAAAUUUUUAAUUCUUAGAAAAAAUAUGUGAAAUAAAAAGUUCUGUAAAUAUAAAGUGUGCAAGUUAUUUGAGAAUACUGUCUUCAUUUUGUCUGUAUUUUCAUAUUUAAAUAAGAGUAAAUUAUACAACGAUUAUAUGGGAUUUUAAACAGAAAAUUUUUUUUUUAAACAAUUUUGUAUGUAUAUAAUUUUAUAUACGUAUAUUAUUAAUUUGUAUGUAGAUAUUAUAAUAUAUAUUAUACACUAUUUUUGCGAAUAUAUCAUAAAUACUAAAGUAGUAACUGUCUUUAUAAUGAUAUGCGUUUAACUAAUUACACAUUGAUGAAAUAAUAAAAAAUUUCAUCCGUGAGAAG